AAUGUCAUUUUAAAGGGAAGACGGUUAAGUUUAAUUUGAAUAUUUGAUUUAUAAGAUAUUUAUUUCGUUAUUAUCAGUUGUGCAUUAUAAAUAUUGUUUAGUUCAUUCAAUAAAAUAGUAACUGAAAAUAAGUGAUGAAAAAUGGAUAAAUGCAACAAUCCCAGCUCCAGUAAUAAAGAUGACAAUUCAAAGAAAUACAAGUUCUAUAGAAAACCGUCAAUUAAGAAAAAAGGACCGGAGGUUAAGCAAACGAAAACAAGUUUAGCACGGCUGUUCAAAGCUAAUCCAUUAUUAAAAUAUGGAAACAGUGCAAAACAUGAACCAUCACGAACGAAAGAGUUAAAAUUAGAACCUAUUAAUCUAGAUGCACCAAAAAUUUCAAAAAAUAAUAUAUCCGGAAAUGGACCCUAUUUAAAAUCGAAAAUUAUAAAUUUUGAUAAACACAGACUUUCUAGCAGUGAUUUUAUAACACCCAUAUUAUCUUCAACAUUAAUUGAACCAGAUGUGGAUAGAGAUGUAUUUAUUGAAUGUCCUCAACCACCAUUAAGAGGUAGACCUAAAUGUAAUAGCAGCAAAGAAGAACAGUGGAAUAAUAAUAAGCCUAUAAAUAAAAAAAAUGAAAGAAAAACUUUGUCAAGUCAAUAUUUGAAUAAAAAGAAAAGAGAAUUUGCAGAAAAACACAAACAGGGAAAUAUUUGUAUUGAUUUUAGAGUUAAAUCCUUAAGAAGGUCAUCAUCAGUUGACAGUUUUAAAAAAAAAGGGUGUUCUAGAAUUGAAGAAGAAGACAUUUUAACUGAAACAAAGUCAAUGGAAAAUAUUUGUCAACGAGAAGUACCUGAUGAGAUUAAACGAACGAGUCAUGUUUUAACCAGCAUUGCAUUGGAAGAACUUGAAAAUCGACCAGAAAAACCCUUGAUAAAGCAAACGGCUGGCCCAAGUAACGGAGAACUCUAUGAUGAAGAGAAUAAAGAAAACAUUGAAGUUUCUAUUCUUGAAUCAGAUAGUUAUGAAGAUUUAAAAAUACAUAAGGCGAGGAUUUGAAAUUAACUACUUCAGCUGAAUACAUUUCCAUGAAUUCCUGACAAGUAAUUGUAGAAAAUGUCAUUUUUAUUGUACUAUUAUUUAAUUUUCUAAACAUGUUAGACUACUUAAUGAAACAGUCAUCCAUAGUUGUUUGUUAAGAAAACUGUUUCCCCUCUAGCCAUUAAUAUUUUUAAAUUAUAGCUUUUUUCAAUAAACACAAAAUCUUUUUAUAA